CCCCCCCGGGGCGGGCCUUGAGGGCGGCGCUUCCGGUCGCGGGAUUCUGGCGGCCGGAGCGGCGGCGGCGGCCAGACGCGAGGAUGGCGGGCGCCGGGAGCGAAUCCCGGUUCGCCGGGCUGUCGCUGGUGCAGCUGAACGAGCUGCUGGAGGACGAGGGGCAGCUGACGGAGAUGGUGCAGAAGAUGGAGGAGACGCAGAGCAUUCAGCUUAACAAAGAUAUGACGCUCGCCAGCAACCGGAGCCUGGCAGAAGGGAACCUUUUGUACCAGCCCCAACUGGACACGCUGAAAGCGCGUUUGACCCAAAAGUACCAGGAGCUCCAGGUUCUGUUUGAAGUCUAUCAGAUAAAGAAGACCAAAUUAGAUAAACAGUCCAGCAGCGCAUCCUUGGAGACCCUGUUAGCACUUCUCCAGGCAGAAGGGGCCAAGAUUGAGGAAGACACUGAGAACAUGGCAGAGAAGUUUCUUGAUGGAGAGCUUCCUCUAGACUCCUUCAUCGAUGUCUAUCAGAGCAAGCGGAAACUGGCCCACAUGCGCAGAGUUAAGAUUGAGAAGCUCCAGGAGAUGGUGCUGAAAGGACAGAGACUUCCACAGGCCCUGGUCCCACUGACACCCAGGGUUUCUGAGCCUGUGCCUGCUCUCCCCCUGCCCUAUCCCACCCCAGAGGCCAGUGGGCCCCCAUCUGUUGUGCCACGGCGCAUACCCCCCCCACCGCCCCCAGUGCCUGCAGGACGUUUAGCCACACCGUUCACUGCUGCCAUGGGCACAGGACAGGCCCUUCCGUACCCAGGGUCACAGUACCCUCCCCUGCCACCUCGUGUGGGCCUCCCCCCACAGCAAGGAUUCUCCGCACAGUUUGUAUCUCCAUACCCGCCAGCUCUCCCCCAGAGACCCCCGCCCCGGCUGCCUCCACACCAGCCAGGCUUCAUCCUCCAGUGAGCGGCUCAUCCUUCCUGGGAGACCCCUUCUGCCUGCUGGCCGGGGUUCCACACGCCUGGGAGGCUGCCAGGCCUGGCUGCUUUGCCAGCGCCUCCAUCUGAUUCUAGGACUGUAGAUCAGUGGUAAGUAGACGUAGACCCCAGCUCUGGACACCUCAGUGGUGUGUGUGUGCUCAGCCUCAGUGUGACAGCUCCAUGGUUGUGCUGGUGUGAGCUCUCGGCAUGGUUUUUAAGUCUUACAGCGUUGAUGGACUCAUGAGUUUGGGGGAAAAGCCUCCCCCUAAUCCCACUUAGAAUGGGGUCCUCCCACUGCAGCUUUAUUUAAUAAGCACGGUUGAUCAUUUCUACUUUGUUUUCAAGAGACAUUGUCUGUGUCCCAGCCUGCCGCAGCCCCUGGUCAGGGUCACUCAGGUGGGCCAGCCCAGAAGGUGCUCACUCAGUCUGUGGGAUGGGGUGGCCUUCAGUCCCCCCACCUUCCCCAAUCCUGGAUGCUUCAAAGCCACACGUGGAGUUUGCACUUGGCCCACCGCCACGUCCAGAGGCCGGGCAAGUUGCAGCUGGGCCUUGGGAGGGCGGUGUGAUUGGACUUUGCUCAGCAAGCGGUCACAGCUGCUCCUCCUCCUCUUGCUUAAGGGUUUCUAUGAAGAAAUACUCCCCCAGUAUUUUUACUACGUCUGUAACAUUCCUGUUUUAUAUUGGGAAAAGAAAACUUUUUUGACACAAGACCAUUCAGGGAAACUUUAUAAAAAAAAAGUGCACAUAGUGUUUUGAGCAGAUUGAAAUGCAGAUGAAAUGAAUGCAAGUUUGUUCCCUGCAAGCAGUGUCUGGUCACACUUGCUCACACCCGUGGGUGCCUGUGCUGUGCCUUAGCUUCACCUGGUGCCAGUGGGAUGCUGGCCACGGCUCCCUGCCUGCCCACAGGCUGGCAGGCUGCAGGGCGGCUGUCGCCAGCAACUGCUGCCCCUGGUGGCUCUCAGUUCCUGGAGGAGCUUGUCCUGUCCUUGGUCAUUGAUGUGUUGAAAGUGGAAGAAGAGUCUGCCCCACCUUGGACCAGUUAACUCUUAGCCAGUAGUCUCUGCCUCUGCCUGGCUGGGCCCUGGGGCAUGGGUGGGAAAGACAGACUCUUCAGCUGGGUUUGGAGAAAACCUCCCCGUCUGGGGACCAGGGAAGGGGCCAACAAACCGGGGUGCUCUGGCAACAGCCCCAGGUUCUGCCUGCCCCUCUGGGCUCUCAUCUCCGUGUGCACCUGGCUGCAUGCCGGGGCCCGGGUGGGGGCAGGGUGUUGCCACUCCCAUCCCAUGACAGCAAAGCCCCAUGGCUCUCCCAGGUGACAGAACCAAGGCCGAGCUCAAACAGGGUCAGUUACAGCAGGCCACGGUAAGGCCACCAAUCUGUAUUACCCUACAGUUCUGUUCCUGACUUGAACUCUAUGGUAUCAUAAUUAUUUUUAAAAACAGAAGCUGUAUAGGACGAUUUACUGCCAUGCCAAUCAGGUAGGCGUGCCAUGUCCUGUGAAUCUUGAGCGCAUGGUGCCACCCACCCCAAUACCUCUGUCACCCCGCUGUUGGGGGAUGCCCGCAGCCUGCACGGUGCACAGCCAAAUGUGGGCUUGGUGGUGAUGUGAAGGGGCCACUGGGCUAGCCUCACAUCUCUCCAGGGCCAUGCCUGAGCUGUGGUUGUGAAGGUGUAGGACCCUUUUUAAUAAAUAGAGGAUUAUUAAUA